UUUUUUUUGUCUUCCUUCCUGCCUUUUUUUUUCUUUUCGAAAUAAUAACUCUCUUUAUAUCCACACCACAAUGAGUGCGAUAGCGACCAAAUCACGAUCCGAAAUGACGGAAGAAGAAUUACGUCAACAAGAAGAAUUGGAAUUCAAUACAGGGCCAUUAUCAGUAUUACAGCAAUCCGUGAAAAACAACAAUCAAGUACUCAUCAGUUGUCGCAACAACCACAAACUCUUGGCUCGUGUCAAGGCUUUCGAUCGUCAUUGUAACAUGGUGCUUGAAAAUGUCAAAGAAAUGUGGACAGAAACUCCCAAAACAGGUAAAGGAACAAAAGCCAAGGCUGUAAACAAGGAUCGAUUCGUUAGCAAGAUGUUUCUUCGUGGUGAUACAGUUGUUCUCGUAUUGCGAAAUACGGUGUAAAUAUAGGAUAUGAAAUAACAACAAUGACGAUGAUCAAACUUAUUUUUUUUUUAUAAUAAAGAUUCUGAUUUAUAUAUAUUAUGUCUUCUUUUUUUUUGUGGGGGAUAUAUGCCAUCAUUGUAAA